AUGCCAGAACAUGAAGGUGCAGUACCAUCUAGCUAUGAGCAGCACAGUCCCAUUGACAACUCCCCCUUGGAAACUGAAAAACAUCCUGCUUCCAUUAAACCUAUUCGAAAAUCGUCUCUUCAGCGAUUGAAAGCUGAAAAGGACAAAGACUGUUAUCUCAUCCUCUUGAAUAGACUGAAAGAAACCAUCGAAGAGAGAGGCUCCAAUAGCAGUGAUAAUGGCGACCUCGAAAUCUGGUGCUGGUGCAAGAAAGGAGACAACGGAGGAAUAAGUGUCGAACUUGGCAUUCCAGGGCGUUUGAGUGUCCUUCUAACCGCUGUAGACCUGCGAAAGUGUCUUGACUGUGCCUUUCCCAAAUUGCUCGAGUUCAUCAAAGAGUUGCAUCCCAAUAGCAGAGUAAAUAAGGAUACAUUGGUGGUUGCUCGAAUUGUGGGGAUGUUCGACGGCCUGCACUCUAAUGCCAGUGUUGGAGCGCAUCAUGGUCAGACAGGACACAAGCUCCUCAGAGACGGAACGCUGGAUGUUUGA